AUGGAAUCGGAUGCCCCUGAGCCAGAGACCUCCCCCUCCCUUCUUCACCCAACCCAGGUCGCUCCCCCGGCCCUUCUCCAUGCGGUGCCCGCCAUGUCUCUCAAUGGGCUAGAUAAUCCCGCCGUGGUUGAAGCCUACCAGAGUGCCCUUGCUGACGCCGGUGGAUGGAUCCUUCUACACUACACCGCCAGGGAUGAAGUAGCUCUGCUCGAUCGUGGCACCGGCGGGGUGUCCGAGGUGCGCAAUGCCAUCGACAACUAUGAGGAGACGUCGCCGCUCUAUGGCUUUUUGCAGUACCGACGGCGGAAGGUCAUCUUGAGAUACAUGCCCGAGGGGCUAUCGCGCCUCAUCCAAGCUCGAAGCAACGUUCAAUUCCAAUCCGUUCUCGACAAGUUCACCCCGAAUGACACCGUACUCGCCCUGACCCAGGCAUCUGAGCUCAACGAGAGCGCUCUGUCGUCCGCAUGCCUCCUGCAUACGGCUUCCGGAUCCAUAACCUCCUCGUCGAGCUCCCUGCGGCGCCGUCGACUGAUGGAAAUAACCGAGGAUGCCGAGGAAAGCGGUACAAAGGAAGAAACAAAGGAACAGGGCAAGGGGCAGGAACAGCCUCCUCCAUCGAUCACCGAGACGAGGCAGAGAUCCGGCAGCCUGAAGUCGGAAGCUACUGUCGUACCCCCAACGGCUUCACCUGAAGAGAAGUCCUCGCCUGACCUCCGGCCCCCGCCCUCUAGGGCCAGUUCCCGAGCACCAUCCAUUGGUAGCCCCAGCGAAUCGCGCAGCACAAUGUCUCCCAUAUCUCCCGACUCCGGCUCCGAACGUUCCAAAUACCGCAAUAUCUUAGAUGAGUUUCCUCGGCCGUCAGAAGAAGUGCGAAUGUCGACCCAAUCUGCCCGGCCUUCCUUGCAAGAUCUCGAACGAGCCGCCGGGAUUCAACCUAAGGUCAAACUGGGACCUCGUCCCUCUGUCGACUCUACUGGAAGGCCUCGUACUUCCGGGACUUCAAGGAACGCCGAUCAACGUCCCGUCGCCUCGCUCCCCUUGGGCAUGCGCUCGUCUUCAUUGCGAAGACCUAAUGUUGACGCCCCUCGUCCCCGAUCCCAAGGAAGCUCCUUCGCACCGCAAUUGUCACCUGGCGCCAAGUCAUUGGGCGCAUUGUCAACCUCGUCCGGGUUGACGCCAGAGAAAGAACGAUUGAUGAAAGCCCUGCAGCAAAGGAAGAAACAGAUGGCAAAACGAGCGGAGGCGACCAAGAAGAAACAGAAUAUCGAAGAAGAGCCGAUAGCCGAACUCGAUACUCUAACGCCGAACGAAGAGGACAAGGAGAAUAUCAACCUGGUACCUGGGCAGGAGACACCGGGGCUGGAAAAGGCACGAGACGAUCAAGACGAGAAACCAAUUGAGCUGUCAUUGCCAGCUCCUGAACCACUCAAGAAUGAAACUGCUGAACCUGAGCCUCAAACCGAGCCUCAGGAGGAAGAAUUUCUUUCAUCUGCGGUAUUCAAGCCAGAGCCCCCAACUGAGGUGGACUUGGAGGGCAAACGUUCUUCAAAUAUCUUCGACCCUAGUGUCGAUACUACCUUUUCCACCGAUCACGAUGAACUCAGCCUGGAUACAGUUCAGUCUGAGACGCCGCAGACGGUCUCUGAGGAUGAAACACGCGCCGAGGAUACCGACUCCGCAAUUCCUGGCCAAAAUGAGACUAAGGAUGACCUAGUCCCACCUAGCGCCAAUCCCGAGGUUCCACUUGACAAGGAGUCGACAGAAACCUCAUCCCCAUUCCUAGAGCUCCAGGAUACUUCAUCUUCACAUCAAUCUGAUGCUCCGUUGAUGGACAACGAACCAUUGGAUGCCCCACCUGUAGAUGCUGGUCCGGCAGAGGCCCCUGAGUCUACUCCUCGCCCGGACACGUCACCUGCAGUCGCUCCCCUUAACCCUGAGAUCGAGCCGUCGGUCGCUCCCGUCUCUCACUCGAUUGGUCCAGUCCCGGCGGCUGAGGCUACUCCUGAGGAACCGCUCGUCGAGAAAAUUAACCCCAUUCCAUUGGACCAAAGAAGGAAGGUCCACCUGGAACCAAUUCAGGUCCACACCCCGGAGCACUCAGAAGACGACGACAAUCUUUCCGACGAUUCAUUCAUGGAAGAACUAAGGUCGGCUACUGUCCAGGAGGCCAGACCGGUCUCGGUCAAGACCCCCGGUGAUCAGUCCUGGCCAGGCUCCCGCGCCGUCUCAAGCCCGUAUUCGCUAGCCUCUCCUGCCAUGCAGUCGUUUGCAGUGGGUAGAUCUGUGUCAAGCUCGUAUUCUGAAAACGGGCCCUCGACUCCAUUACUUGUGGCAAAGAAGGUCAAUGUGUCUUCUGGCAUCUCGAGUCGCAUCAAAGCUUUGGAAAAGUUCCAGAGCCGGGAGGGCACUCCUCCAAGCGGCACUCAAACUGUGACGGGGCCUUCGGCAUCCUCGUCUUUUGAUAGCCUUCGCAAGCGUGCAUCUGUCUCAUAUGGAAGCCCGGAGAGCUAUUCCCGUGCACCAAGCUUGAACCGAAAAGACUCGCAUUCGAGCCCUAAUGUUCGCCGCACCGGUUCCAUCUCGGUAACGGCUCGCAUUGUCCGCGAUAACGGUGUUUCUCCUGGGUCUAAUGGUGUCGAGCCCACCGAGUCUGAUGUUCUUGGUCUCCAAGCUAGUCCAUUGACCGUGCAACACGGCUCAAGCGAGGAGCUCCUACCUACCAGUGAAUCGGUCGAGUCCAUUCCGCAGCCAGAGGACCGCAGCAUGUCCUUCUCAUCCGCCGGGUCAAACAUCACGCCUGCAUCAGCGUCUCGCCCUACAAGCCGCCCCUCGCUAUCCUCGCGCACCAAGACCGACGAAAACCUUCAGGCGACCUCGCCUACUACCGAGGAGAAGAGGGCAUCCCGUGCCUCGCGUAUCAUGCGUCGCAUGUCUUCUAUGACAACCACUUCUCGUCGCAGCAUUAUUGGUGCUCUCAGCCCACCGGCGAAAGAGGACAUCAAUCCGAUGGAUACUAAACCGGUCUCCGCAUCUUCGUCCCGUUCUCGUGUCUCGGAGCCUAUUGACAUCGGCGAAGUCAACGUACAAUUUCCCGAUACCCUCCUUUGGAAGCGUCGUUUCAUGCGGAUCGACGAGAACGGAUAUGUGGUUCUCACUCCCGGUACCAAUGAUGCGAGUGCUCGCAACAUGACCAAGCGCUACCAUCUUUCCGAGUUCCGAACCCCUUGUCUCCCCGAUGAGGACAUGCAGGAGCUGCCUAACAGCAUUCUCCUGGACUUUUCGGAUGGCAGCACCCUCCAGUGCGCUUGUGAGUCGCGACAGGGACAGUCGUCUGCCCUUCAGACUCUUAUCGAUGCUCACAGCGCCCACCAGCAAUGA